CUGCCCACGCACACAAGGGAGCAGCCAGAAGCUCCAGCAGAGGAUGCCUGGGAGCCUUUGAAUAAAAGGGUGGUUUGAGGGAAUAAGAAACUUUUUACAAAUGUCAUGUGUGAAAGUUGCUGGCAGACAGAAAUGAGCUCUCAGUGGGUUUGUGUCAGUGUUGCCUGGACUGUGGUGCACAGGGCAGACAAAGCUGGAAUAAAUACUGACUCCUUCUGUGUAAAUGUGAUACUGCUGUGAUGUGCCAAAAUGACAACAUCUGAUGUUUUCACUCGAAACAGACGCAGUGUUGUUAGGGAAGAUUUCCUUCCACAGAUGGGAAAACUCUUCCAUUUCCAAACCCCAUUCUUCUCAAAAAUAAAGAUGAGGCCAGCACCAGUGGGGUUAGGAGCAGGGUUAGUGGUGCUGCAGCAUGGAAAUCUCCACCCAGAAAGCAGGUGAAAGAUUUUGCUGUCAAAGUGAAAGAGCCCAGGACAAUCUUUUAACAGCUGGGUCCUCCUGCAGUGGAAUCAGAAAAUAAACUUCUCUUACUGUGGGAUAUGAGCUGGAUCUGCUGGGUUUAGCUUGUGUUGAAUGACUCCAUCCUGAAGCCCCUGGGGAUUUGAAUGAACUGGGAUUCAGCGCUCUGGCUUUGGCUUGUGUCCAACGUUAACAGAGAAAAAGUAUUCAGGGGCACCUCAUGCAGAACCACCAAGUGAAUUCUCCCUUUCUGCUUGCCAGAGUAAACCACAGAUGCCGUGUAAAACCAGCACAGGGGCAGGACUGUGCCCAGUGCCACUGGUCAGAGAUUUUCUCAGUUGCCUUCCUAACGCACAGGAGUCUUGUGCCAGCACUGUGCCACACUGUGGGAUUGUGAUUGUGACCUCCCUGUACUGCUCAUCCUUUAGGACUGGGGCAGUUAUCCCUUUUUUUUUUUUUUUUUUUUUAAUUUUUUUUUUAUUAUUAUUAUUUUUUUAUUUUUUUAGGUUGGGCCAGAUGAUUUCUUGGUACAACUGCAUUCAAGGAGAAAUUUGCAUCCUUCCAAAAUCACCGCCAACGUUGCCCCUCUAAACCUUUUAUUUGCCCAUCUGUUGACCUGUCCAGAGCUGGAAUCAGCCCCCCGUUUUCCCCUCAAACACAGACUGUGAGCAGAGGGCUGAUGGUGAGGGUGAAAAUCACUGAGGCAAAGUUACCGCGAAGGGAUGGAACAAGGCACUAGGACCUAGGAGGCGUCUCAUCCACCCUGGCAGGAAUUUCUUGCUUGGAGCUCAGACAACAAAGGCAGAGUGAGCCUGGUUUUCUUUCUCUCAGCAUCUCCACCCUGCGCACUGAAAACCGGUGAGUAGAGCUUUCCUGAGUGCCUCGCAUGCAGAAAAGUAAGAGAAAGGAGCAAUCUUUUCUUGGUGCCUUGCAGCAUCUGCAGCUCAUUUUAAAAUCAAAACCUCUGCAUCCUCCCGAUUCAUUCCCGAAGUUGCUUGGAUGUUUCAUUGUUCAGUGCAUGACACCAGGCUGAAUCUACCCCAGCUGGCGGCGUGGGGGGAAUGUUCCCAACUUGGGGUUUCUGUGAGGAUUUGUCUGCAUUGUUGUCUGCCUCACUGCAGCCCGGGGAACAAGGAUUUUUUCCUGCAUGGGUCACGCUGACAUUGUAAAAUACAGGGAAGGAGCUUCAUUCUGGCGAGCGUGAAGGGCGGGGAUGAGAUAGCAACAGCUUUUCCUGGGUUUGUACCUGGCUGCCAAGCGCUGUAAAUCCCCUUUCAGUGUUAACAUGAGAGCGACAAACGCGGGGUGCAUGUGCUGGGGGAGUGGGGGGUCUCUAUUGCAGGGCUGGGGGGCUUCCUUCUCCUUUUGUGCUGGGGUUUGGUGCAGCAGGAACGUUCUUCUCCAGCAUAAACUGGAGACAGGGCACAAUUCCUGCAGGCUGGGUGUCAGCCCCAGCCUCGGCUUUUCUGUGCUGGAAGCCCCCCGUGCUCAGAACAAUGAAAGGUGAGGAGCAGGGGCGGCGUGUCCCUGGGGCACGGGCACUUCCAGCUAUUAAAUCACUUAGGGCUGCAAGCGGGGGGUGGAAAUAGCCCCUUUUCUCCUCCUCAUUAAACGGGAGCAAAAAAAGAAAAAAAAAUGCAAUUCAGAGGCGGCUCGGGCUGAAAAGAGCUUACCGAAGCUGCGUUUCAAUGACAGAUUUCUCUUUGCAGUCAUUUCUUCUCAGAGAUGUAGGCUGGUCCUGGGAAUUGAUUGAUGGGCUAGGAGGGGGCUGCGGAUAGGGGGAAGGGUGGGCUGGAUCUCAUCGCUAACCCUUAUUGAACAGGCUGUCACAAAGAAACUGCUUAUUCCCCUGUGACCAUUCUUUCAUAAAUGCCAGUUUAUUCUAAUGUUAAACAUUCAGAUGCUCUGGGUCCUUCCGUGAUUCGACAGAUUGAAGGGCUGACUUACUGGGAUCUCCUUGUUUUCUGUUGCCAGAGGAAACCUCGCCGGGCUCAGAGGUUUAAUUCAUUGCCAACUGGUGUUUGGACGAGUUUUUUUGGGGGCUGAGCUGUGAUUGUCAUGUAUCCCUUUGGCCCCGAGUCCCAAUUUGCUGCACUUUGAAAACUCCCAGGUGCAGGAGCAGGCAGCUCCGUAGAAACGUGCUCCCUGCCCCCAGCACUUGGAUCCCUUUCAAAAUGCGAGGACCCCUCCUACUCUCAGUCCCCAGAAUCGAUACAAAUCUGGGUCAGGGGAGGGGGCGCUUCCCAAAUGCAUCUGUCCUGCUCCACACACAGCCUUAGCUCUGUCAUUUUGCUCUCGGGGUUGUGGCUCUGCCGGGCUCUAACCCGUCCCUUUGCCCUCCUUCUCUCCCCAUCUCCUUCCCGCACAGCUUCAGAUCUUUAGGGUUCACCAAACUAUGGAACUUGAUUUUGGACACUUUGACGAAAGAGACAAGGCGUCCAGAAACAUGCGAGGCACACGGAUGAACGGCUUGCCCAGCCCCACUCACAGCGCUCACUGUAGCUUCUACAGAACCCGGACCUUACAGGCGCUGAGUAACGAGAAGAAAGCCAAGAAGGUGCGUUUCUAUCGCAACGGGGACCGCUACUUCAAGGGGAUUGUAUACGCCGUGUCCUCCGACCGCUUCCGAAGUUUCGACGCCCUCCUGGCGGACCUGACCCGCUCCCUGUCCGACAACAUCAACCUGCCCCAGGGAGUGCGCUACAUCUACACCAUCGACGGCUCUCGGAAGAUCGGCAGCAUGGACGAGCUGGAGGAAGGCGAGAGUUACGUCUGCUCGUCCGACAACUUCUUCAAGAAGGUGGAAUACACCAAGAACGUCAACCCCAACUGGUCUGUCAACGUGAAGACCUCUGCCAACCAGAAAGCACCUCAGUCCCUGGCCAGCAGCAACAGCGCCCAGGCCAAGGAGAACAAGGAUUUCGUGCGCCCCAAGCUGGUGACCAUCAUCCGCAGCGGCGUGAAGCCCCGCAAGGCCGUGCGCGUGCUCCUCAACAAGAAGACUGCCCACUCCUUCGAGCAGGUCCUCACUGACAUCACCGAAGCCAUCAAACUGGAGACAGGGGUGGUCAAAAAGCUGUACACCCUGGAUGGGAAGCAGGUGACCUGUCUCCACGAUUUCUUUGGGGAUGACGACGUGUUCAUCGCCUGUGGUCCGGAGAAGUUCCGCUACGCACAGGACGACUUUUCCCUGGAUGAGAGCGAGUGCCGGGUGAUGAAGGGGAGCCCAGCAGGGGCCACGGGCAGCAAAUCCUCCCCCACCCCUCAGAAGAGCUCGGCCAAGAGCCCCGCGCCCAUGCGCCGCAGCAAGUCCCCCGCCGAUUCAGGUAACCACCAGGAUGCAAACGGGACCUCCAGCAGCCAGCUGUCCACACCCAAAUCCAAGCAGUCGCCCAUCUCCACGCCCACCAGCCCAGGGAGCCUCCGGAAGCACAAGGACUUGUACCUGCCCCUGUCUCUGGACGACUCGGAUUCCCUCGGAGAUUCCAUGUAGGAGCGAAACGUCCGCGCUGCGUUCGGGAUUCGGCAAAGUACCUCUGCCAAAACAAGCAGAUAGGUGACUGGUGCUCUCAAGUCUAAGGACACACGGUUAAAUGUCAUUUUUGUUCUGUGAUUUCUCCUCUCUGUGCCACAAACCAACACCUGCCAGUCUAUAGAGAUAGAGGGAUACCAUUCUUCUCAGUUACAGGGAUGCAAAAUGGGCAUUGUGAGAAACCCGGGGCCCACGUGCCAGCGAUUCUGUGCACUUCCCAUUUUCUUCUGUGAUUUCUUUUCCUGCUGCAGCCAUGUGGUUUUCCUAGAGUUAGUGAAAGAGCUCCCCUGGAGGUGUGCAAGGGGAGCCCUUGCUGAGCAGUUUGCACGCUGGAGCAGAGCAGGUGAUGUUCUCCACCUCUGCACGCUGCCAGCCCUGCCAGCUCCUCACUCCCAGCCACAAUUUGGGCACCUGCAUUCUAAAGAGUCUGAGUUUUAUUGUGGAGGCUAGCAAGGGAGUUUCUACUUUGAUGCUUAAUAUGCCAGCAGAAGCUUGGAUGAGAUGAGGAAUGAUUGUGGCAGCUGCUAAGUAAGGUUAGUACAAUUAUUCAAAUUAUUCAAAUUAUUCAAAUAUUGUUUGAGAAUUUUUUUUUUAAUAAUUAAGUAAAACCCCUAUAAAUCAGCUGAGUUAUCUGGAAUAGAACACCUUCCACAUGCAAUGCAAGGAUGCUGCUGGCUGGUAACAAAUCUUUAUACCUCCCCUAUGGUAUCUCUCUAUCUCUGUUUGUAACAGUAAUGCCUUGUGAACAGCCAACACUGAAAACACUGUGAGAAUUUGUUUUCAGGUUUGACACCCUCUAGGUCACUUUUUAUAGCAAAAAAUCAAUACACUUUUUAUAAAGGAAAAUCUUGUAUCUGUGUUUUGGGAGUGAGGAUUCAAGCUCCUUCUUUUUUAUAGAAGCUGGUAAUUUUCUUUUGUUUAAAAAACACGUUCAGAAAAAAAAAGAACAAAAAAAACCAACCACAACUGCAGAACAAUAAUAACAGCAAUUCAGUUUAGAAAUCUUGUCAUCACUGCCAAAACAGACACGUGUAGGGGGGGAGGGGAAAUGGUCAUUUCAAAAUAUUGAAUGUUUUGAUAGUUUUUGUAAUGUUUAAGACUUCGUAUUUGGUUUUUUACACUUCAGUAUUCCUAACUAUGGCCAGAUUCUCUACUUAUGUAACAAAUGAAGUGUUCUAAAACCCGUAUUUUAAGAAACUCUUCUAUCUGAGGAAAAACAAACUCGCUGUAUGUAGAGAAAGCUUUUGCUUUUGUUAAUCAGCAAUGCCUCCUCCAGAAUGCCAAGCUCAUCUCCUCACGCAGGGCU